AAGAUACCAUAUAAAAUUUGCAUUUGGCUGUGUCAUUUGCUUCCGGCCUUUCUUGUGGAUGGCAUGAGGAUAUGUGUGGGCCGCCGUCCGAGGAUGUGGAAAUUGUAUAGCAAAAUUCACAAAAUUUCUAAAACAAUAGCAUAUUUUUGCACAAAUAAAUGGAAUUUCAGCGAUAAUAACGUUCAAAUGUUGUGGAGCAACUUAAAUAAAGAGGAUCAGCAAAUAUAUCCAUUCAACAUAAAGGAACUUGACUGGGCAAAAUAUCUCAUUGAUUAUCAUAAAGGCAUACGUCUUUAUCUAUUAAAAGAAGAUGACAGUACUUUGGAAAUCAGUCGUAUCAAUUAUAACAGGCUUUACUGGACACACCAAAUAUUUAAAACUGUGCUUAUUUUUGCCAUUCUUUGGCUUAUCUGGAACAUAUUCAUCAAAAUAUUUGCAUAGUUGUUAGAUGUUACACUCUGCAUACAUG